AUGUCUGAGCCCAAUAUUUGGGAGAAAAUUACGGCCUACUUGGCCGAAAACGAAUUCCAAACGGCCAAAGAGGUCGAAUGUUUGAAGCAAGAGGAGAUCGAGAAGCUCGUGGACGGGUCCACAAACGACAGUAUCGAAGACCAGAAAUUGGAUUGCAUUUAUGAUGAUGAACCGUUAGGCUUCGAAGAGGAUCCUAUGGGAUCCACUACAAAAAUGAAAGCGCAAGAUCCCCUCGAAGAAAUCGACUUGGGAGAUGGUACUGUCAAAAGACCUACUUAUGUGAGUGCCAAAAUCCCUGAAGGAUUCAAAAAUCAAAUUGCAGAGCUACUAAAAGAAUACAAAGAUUGCUUUGCAUGGGAUUACAAUGAAAUGCCUGGUUUAAACCGGGAAGUGGUAGAAUUAACAUUACCAAUUCGACCAGACAAAAAGCCAGUCAAGCAAAUUCCCCGUCGUUUCGCUCCACAGAUCCUACCAAAGAUCAAAGAAGAGAUCGAUAGACUGCUGAAAUGCGGCUUUAUCAGGCCUGCAAGGUAUGUAGAUUGGCUAGCAAAUGUAGUUCCAGUUAAAAAGAAAAAUGGAACGAUAAGGGUAUGCAUAGAUUUUAGAGACUUGAAUCUCGCUACCCCUAAAGACGAAUACCCAAUGCCGGUAGCAGAAAUGCUAGUAGAUUCAGCGGCGGGUUUCGAUUACUUGAGUAUGCUAGAUGGAUACUCUGGCUACAAUCAAAUCUUCAUCGCAGAAGAAGAUAUCGCUAAGACCGCAUUUCGAUGCCCAGGGGCAUUAGGGUGUUAUGAAUGGCUAGUAAUGCCAUUCGGUCUAAAAAAUGCUGGUGCUACGUACCAGAGAGCGAUGAAUUUAAUGUUCCAUGAUUUCAUAGAAAAUUUUAUGCAGGUUUAUAUCGAUGACAUUGUAGUGAAAUCUUCUUCGGAAGAGAGACAUUUACGCCGAUCAUUCGAAAGGAUGAGGCAAUAUGGAUUGAAAAUGAAUCCUUUAAAAUGUGCAUUUGGGGUUUGUGCAGGUGAUUUCUUAGGGUUCGUCGUGCAUAAAAAGGGGAUCGAGAUCAACCAGAACAAAACCAAGGCAAUAAUCGAGAUCAAGACUCCUUCUACAAAGAAAGAGUUGCAGUCUCUACUAGGAAAGAUCAACUUUCUCCGGAGGUUUAUAUCAAACCUAAGUGGCAAGAAACAAGCUUUCUCACCACUACUCCGACUAAAGAAAGAUGAUGUUUUCAAAUGGGAACCAGAGCACCAAAAAGCUUUCGAUGAAAUCAAGUCAUAUUUGGUAAACCCUCCGGUUCUUUCUCCUUUGUUGAAAGGCAGGAGAAUGAAGUUAUAUAUAGCAACGUCAGAUGGCACCAUAGGAAGUAUGUUAGCACAAGAAGAUGAAUAUGGCACAGAAAGGGCCAUUUAUUAUUUAAGUCGGGUACUUAAUGAUGUUGAAACAAGAUAUCAUCCUAGUGAAAAACUUUGUUUGUGCUUGUUCUUCUCAUGUACAAAACUUAAGCAUUAUAUAAAACCUUUUGACGUUUAUGUUUACUCCCAUUUUGAUAUCAUUAAGCAUAUGUUGUCGAAACCAAUUGUACAUAGUAGAGUCGGAAAAUGGGCCUUAGCAUUGACAGAAUAUUCAUUGACUUAUCAAUCAUUAAAAGCUGUCACAGGCCAAAUCAUGGCCGAUUUUAUCGUAGAUCAUUCAGUAGAUGAAGUGUUGACGACUGAAAUAGACAACCAUCCAUGGAAUUUAUAUUUCGAUGGAUCUAGUCAUAAAAAUGGUACUGGCGUGGGGAUAAUGAUAAUCUCGCCCAAACACCAUAUAUUUAAAUACAUGUUUCGAAUCAAUCAGCUUUGCUCUAACAAUGAGGCUGAAUAUGAAGCCUUAAUUACAGGUCUAGAAAUCGCACUCGAACUGGGGGCAAGAUACAUCGAAAUCAGAGGAGAUUCUGAACUUGUCCUUAGACAGAUGACAAAAGAGUAUAGGUGCGUUAAGGAAAGUUUGGUCACCUAUCAUGCAAUAGCUAGCAGAUUGUUAAAACAGUUCACCCAUGUGGAAAUUCGGCACGUACCUCGAAUGGAGAACCAAGAUGCAAAUGAUCUGGCACAGAGGGCCUCUGGAUACAAAAUACCGAAGGACCAGACGCAAGAGCCAAUAGAGAUUAGAAACAGACGAAAUUCGAUGGAAUCAUUCCCUAGCAAAUCGUUAACGCCAAAACUUGGGGGGACUGAAGCAAGUCAAAAGUCCAUAAAAGGUACAGAUUUUGUCGAAAUUUUUGUCAUUAACGAUUUAAAUGAAAAUGAUUGGCGAAAACCCAUAGUGAAAUAUCUGGAACAUCCAGAUGGAACCACUUGUCGAAAAGUGAAAUACAGGGCUUUAAGCUAUGUAAUAAUGGGCAGUGAAUUAUUCAAAAAGACUUCGGAAGGAGUUUUGUUGAAAUGCCUAGGUGAAACAGAUGCAUAUUUGGCUUUUUCGAAUACACACGACGGAAGUUGUGGAACGCACCAAGCAGGCCAUAAAAUAAAAUGGCUUUUAUUUCGACAAGGUUUAUAUUGGCCGACUAUGCUCAAAGAUUGCAUAGAGUUCGCAAAAGGAUGCCAAGGGUGCCAAAAAUAUGCCGGAAUUCAGCGCGUCCCAGCAAGUGAACUUCAUGCGAUAAUCAAACCUUGGCCAUUUAGAGGAUGUGCUUUGGAUGUGAUAGGGGAAAUUAAACCCACUUCAUCGAAAGGAUAUAGAUACAUCUUAGUAGGAAUAGAUUAUUUCACAAAAUGGAUUGAAGCAAUCCCAUUAAAAGAUGUUACUCAAGAAGAAGUUAUAAGCUUCAUCCAGAAGUUCAUUAUCUAUAGGUUCGGUAUUCCAGAAACCAUAACCACAGACCAAAGAUCCGUAUUCACUGGUCGAAAGAUGGCAAAAUUUGCCGAAGAUACAGGCUUUAAAUUGCUGACUUCGACACCAUACUACGCGCAGGCAAAUGGCGAAGCCUUGUGGGCAUGUCAAACAUCUCCAAAAGAGUCGACGAACACCACACCUUCUAGGUUAACAUUUGGUCAUGAUGCUGUGUUACCGGUAGAGAUUUUGCUUCAAUCAGUCAGAACCCAAAGGCAAUGCGAAAUACCAGUUAAUCAGUAUUGGGACAUGGUCGUAGACGAAUUGACCGAUCUCGAUGAAGAAAGAUUAACGACGUUAGAAGUCCUUGCAAGACAAAAGGAAAGGGUAGCAAAAGCAUAUAAUAAAAAGGUAAAAUCGAAAUUUUUCGCCCAAGGAGAUUUGGUAUGGAAAGUCAUUUUACCAAUGGAUAAGAAAGAUAGAGUUUUGGGAAAAUGGUCACCCAGUUGGGAAGGACCAUGGCGGAUAUUGAGAGUCUUUUCGAACAAUGCAUAUGAGAUCGAAGAAUUAGAUGAAGAUCGAAGGAUCUUGCGAAUAAACGGAAAGUACUUGAAAAAGUAUAAACCGACAUUACAAGAAAUUAAAAUUAUGCAGGAGUAA